UUAUUUUGUUUUUCACUCUGGCGUAAUAGUUACGUAGUCAUCAUCGAGUGUUUAUCGGAGAAGAAGUAUGACGACGAUGAUGCAGUAUGUAAUUCCAGAACCAAAAACUAAAGAGAUUGUGUUCGAGAAGACGUUACAAACUGAUAGUGCAGUUACGCUGGUUGAAUUUAAAGAGUUGACUGGUAGGCGUAAAGUAAUCGAAGAAUCCGUAAACAAAACCAGCAAACUCAGUGCUACAGCUGCAAGAUUUACGACCGGAGGACUCACUUCUCCUUCCGACCAGGAUCUCUAUAGACUUGGGAAAUACCUUCCGUUACUCUUAAACUUGGUGCAUUACUUCGAUAAGCUUAAACGUGUACCGAAUCUUAAGAUAAGAUGGAGUAGUGGAUUGGUCUCUCAGACCUUGAUUCAGCGUACAUGUCCUAAGUUCUUCCAAGUCGAUAACAUAAUGUUUGAGGUUGCUAUGGUUACUUUCGUUAACGGGAUUAAGCUCCGUGAGAGAGCAAUGGAACUAGCAUCCACAGAUUGUAAGAAAUCGGUAACAAUCUACCGAGAAGCAUCUGGAGUUUUUCAUCAUCUGUCUAAGGAGCUUCUUCCUUCUUUACAAAACGUGGUUCCUCUAGGGAAGCUUCCGGAACUAACACCUCCGCUUUGCUCUUCUUUGAGUCUCCUCUGUUUAGCUGAAGGUCAGGCUGUAACUACAAAGAACGCUGAAGAAAGCGGCACAAGCACAAGCCUAUUGUCAAAACUGCAUUACGGAAUAUGUCAGUUGAUUUCUGAAGCCUAUGCUAUUUUGUCAUCUAGAGCUAAAGGAGAAUAUAAAGACCUAUCGACCCGCUUUCUCGAAUAUGUAUCAACUCUGGGAGCUUUACACGAGCUAAAGAGCCAAAAACACUUGGCGAAAUUGCUGGAAUCCGAAGAUCGAGUAGGCGAAGCGAUUGGAGUUCUCCGGCGUGCCUUAGCAGCCGCGAAGAAGAGUACGCCCUCGAAAGACGACACAUGGAUAUCGAUAUUCAAGACAGAGAGAGAUGAAGCAGCUAAAACCAUGUCUAAGUAUGAGAAGUUAAACGAUUCCAUGAUGUUACAGAAGAUUCCAGUGAAUAAUGAGAUACCUUUUCCAGAAGGUAAAAAGAUUGUUGAACUCAUCUCUUACACUCCCACUAGAUUGGAACGAGAACUUCGAUUCAAGUUGUAGAAGCAGAUUCAACUACUGUACGAUAACUUCUUUUUUUUUUUUUUUUGCUUCUUUUUAAGUUUGGAGAAUAGAUUAAGGUGUGUGAUAUGUGAGUGUGACACAAUCCUUUGCCAUCAUUUAAAAAGUUAUCUAAUUGUGCAGUAAUUACUCUGUUUUACAAAAUCUGGUUUUAUAGCUUGUACUUAAUGCAUAACAUUAUGAAACCAUAUACGGUUUUA